GAUCAGUCCAACUACAGCAGGAGCCAAAGGUCUGUUGUGGUCUCAGAGCUGAGGUGCCAGCAGGGAGCAGGGCAGCAUCCCCCAGCGAGCCCCACAGUGCAGGUCCCCUUGGCAAGAUGGCCUGGCUCCCACUGCUGCUGCUGCCCUUGCUCUUGGUGGCGGUCUCAGGGAACACGGCCCCGAGGUUCAACAUGAGCAUCGUCUCUGUGCCCGAGGACCUGCCCGUGGGAGCCAGUGCCUUCUGGCUGACGGCUGUGGACGCCGAUGGCGACCAGUUACGCUAUGGCAUGAGCGGGAAGGACGCCUUCUAUUUCUCCGUCAACACCAUGACGGGCGAGGUGCUGCUGGCGGCCUCUCUGGACCGUGAGGAGAAAGCCAAACUCAGCGUCACCAUCACAGUGACAGACCAGAUCAACACCGAGGUCUCCGGGAAGCUGACCAUCAUUGUGGAGGACCGGAACGACAACCCCCCCAUCUUCCAGAAGCAGCCCUAUAUUACCGACCUCUCAGAGACCCGGCCGAUAGGCAGCACCAUCUACAGAGUGCUGGCCACGGACGCCGACUCGGGCAACGCCGGCAGGGUGCGGUAUGAGAUCAAGUCGGUGACCCCCGACGACGCCAAGAAUCACCGGCUGUUCUACAUCCUGCAGAACGGGACGGUCGUGCUGAACGGUUCCCUGAGCUACAACAACCAGAGCACCUACUACCAGCUCCAGAUCAAGGCCACGGACAGCGUGGGCUGCGUGGAGAACUGCACCUAUCUGAGCUCCGUCGCCUACCUGUCUGUGAACGUGGUGGACAAGCCGGACCUGGCCCCGCAGUUCCUGAACGAGCCCUACGUGGGGUCGGUGCCCGAGAACUGCCCCCUGGGGACCACGGUGCUGACCGUGUCCGCCAUCGACAGAGACAAGGGAGUGAACUACGCCCUCAACUACAGCCUCCCAAAUGCCAGCGUGCCGUUUGCCAUCAACCUCGCCAUGGGCACCAUCACGGUGCGCAGCGCCCUGGACAGAGAGCAGCUGCCCAGCGAGGAGGUGCUGCUAGAGGUGCUGGUGCAGGAGGAGAAGCUGGACAUCUACGGGCAGGUGGCUCAGGCCAGUGCCACGGUGACCGUCCAGGUGACCGAUGUCAACGACAACACGCCCCAGUUCUACGAGUGUGAGCUCCCCGCCUGCGACUUCACUGCCAGCCCCCAGAGCAGCUUCAGGGGUUCCCUCGAGGAGCAUUCCUCCACCAGGGUGCCCGUGGGUGGCCUCCGCAUUGUGGCCCACGACCCUGACAAGGGCUCCAAUGGCACCUUUGAGCUGCGGCUGCAGGGCCCAGACGCCACCUCCUUCUCCGUCUCGCCCACGAGGCUCACGGGCACGGGGACGGUGCAGGUCCUGGUGAAGGACCCCAGCACCGUGGAUUAUGAGCGUGUUCAUGUGAUGACCGUGGAGAUCAUUGCCAAUGACACCAGAAACCCCGGGAACUGCUGCUCCAUUGCCACAGUGACCAUCCAGCUGCUUGACAUCAACGACCACGGCCCCAAGUUCGGGCAGAGCAUGUACCGGCUGCAAGUGCUGGAGAACAGCCCGAUGGGCACUGUCAUCUCCAGCAACAUCACGGCCACUGACCCAGACAGCGCCGACUUUGGCAGGAUCACCUACAGGCUGCUGCCCGAGACCAUCCUGGACAUCUUUGCGGUGAACGCCAGCAGCGGGGAGGUGCUGGUGCACAACGGCAGCUUGCUGGACCGCGAGACCCGCUCGGUCUAUUACGCCACCCUGCAGGCAGUGGACGGGGGGAACAUGACGGGCUCCACCUAUCUCGAGAUCACCCUGCAGGACGCCAAUGACAACGCCCCGGUCGUCAGCGGUUCCUACAACGUCUUCGUCAACGAGGGGCAGGAGAACAUCAGCGUCCAGAUCCAGGCCUUUGACAACGAUGAGCCCGGCACCAACAACAGCCGCCUGCACUUCCAGCUGGAACCCGGGGCCUUCAGCGCCAACUUCACCAUCGACCCUGCCACGGGGGUGCUGCGCAGCCUGGCGCCGCUGGACCGCGAGGCCUUGGAACGGGCACUGCAGGGGAAGGUGGUGGUGACCGUGCGGGUGCAUGACCUGGGUGUGCCACAGCUCAGCUCCCUUGUCAACGUCACCAUCACCGUGGAGGACGUGAACGACAACGCGCCUGUGUUCCUCAACGAGCCCUAUGUGUUCUCUGUGCCGGAGGGCCGGGCAGGCACCUUCGUGGGCAGCGUGGAGGCGGGGGACGCAGACCAGACCGAGGUCCAUCACCGAAUCUCCUUCCAGUUGGGCAGCUCCAGCGGCUCCAGCAGCUUCCUGGUCCGCUCCAUCCGCCUGGCCCCGGGGCACUACCAGGGCAACCUGUCCCUGGACCCGGACGUGGCGCUGGACUAUGACCGGCUCAGUCCGGCUCACUUCAACCUGACGGUGCAGGCGGAGAACACGGGCACCGGCGAUGCCCUCAACGUGGUGCCCACCACGGUGUACGUGCAGGUGCUGGACGUGAACGACGAGCCGCCCACCCUGGAGGCAGCCUCACUGCGGGACGUGAGCGUGGCCGAGGAUGCCCAGCCGGGGCUGCUCACCACACUGCAGGCCUCCGACCUGGACACCAACCACUCCCUGCACUUCCAGGAGCUGGGCCUGGCCUGUUACAAGGGCGCGGGGAGCGCGGGCCACGUGUGCCAGGACUGGUUCUACCUGGCGCCCAAUGGCUCCGUGUUCCUCAACAGUUCGCAGAUCGACUACGAGGUGUGCGACCUGGUGACCAUCACCCUGCGUGUGGAGGACACGCGCACCGAGGAGGGCAACCCCUACAGCGACAACGCAACGCUGAGGAUCCUGAUCAGUGACGUGAACGACAACAACCCGGAGUUCCUGCGUAUCAACGACACCUUCGUUGUGGUCCCUGAGGUCUCCCCCGUGGAUCUGCCGGUGGCUGUGGUCAAGGCCAGGGACGCUGACACGGGGCCACGGGGAGCCAUCACCUUCACCAUCUCCAAAGUCCUGUUCCUCCAAGACAACGGGCCCAACCACACGCUCAGCAGCGUCUUCAAGGUGGCGACGACGGCCGAGGGGGAUCUCUACGUCGGCAGCAUCCAAGUUGCAAGCAACCUGGAUGGGUCGUUAAAGGGCCGGUACCAGGUGACGGUGGAGGCCCAGGAUGGUGGGACACAGUCGCUCAACUCCUCGGCUGUGCUGGACAUCUUCACCGUGGACCAGAGCUACCGGGUCAGGCUGGUGUUCUCGACCUCUGUGAAUGAAGUGCAGGACAACUUGGACAAGAUCAAAGCGGCUCUGACAGUGGUGACCAGGGCGACGGUCUACGUAGCAGUGAUCCAGUCCGCGACGGAUGCACCACAGUCCAGAUCGUCCAGAGCCCAGGAGAAGUCCGUGAUGGAGGCGUAUUUUGUGUACAGCAACGGGACGGCCCUGGGGAUGAACGAGCUCAGCAUACUGGUCCAGAACAACCAGCAGGCCCUGAGCGAGCUGAUCCAGCUGGGACUGAUCAUUAUCGGCCCCGGGACCGUGGUGGAGCCCAGUAAGGAGAACGAGCUGAUUGGCAUCAUCGUGGGGCUGGCUGGGGGCCUAGUGCUGCUGCUUCUCAUCAUGACCCUGGCCUUGCUGGCCACCAGCCGGAGCUACAGGAGGAAGCUGAAGGCCAUGAAAGCGCUGAAGAUGGCAUCCACGCUGACAGCCAACAUGGCACAGCAGGGGCCGGCCAUCCCCGGGACAAACAAAUACAACGCUGAGGGGGCUAACCCCGUGCUCAAUCUCACGCUGGACCCCCCUGCGGACCUGGGCUUUGACGAGGACUCAGACGCCGAUGAUGCCAGCCUGAACUCGCUGGACGAAAACAUGGUCGAGAACCCGGCGGAGGGCAGCCCCGGGCCCCUGGCGCUGCAGCUGGGCCGGGCGGGGGCUCCGGCGCAGCUGGGCAGCUGUGAGGAGCCCCUGACGGCCGCCCUGCAGGCCCACCGCACGAAUCUGGCUAGCAAGCCGGCUCAGCAACCGGGAGACCCCAACAGGACCUUCACCUUCAGUAACCCCUCCCUGGACACCACAGACCUGUGAGAGCCCCCGGCUGGCGCUGCGGAGGAGCAGCCACAGUGCAGCGGGACUUGCGUGGCACCUCCCAGUGCAGAGCUGGAGCUACCUGCUGGCUCUGUAAUGGCCCCGUCCCUGCCAAUAAAGUUGCCCAGCCUGGGGCCGGCAGUCCCCCUUCCCAUGUGU